UCAUCAGUUUUUUACAUUUAUUCUCUCAAUUCUCUCAUUAUUUACUGAGAUCUCAAAUCAAAAACUAUAAAAUUCAAGUAAGGUGCUUUACAUUCAAAUCGGCGGUGAACCAAACACCAACCAAGGUUGUAUCUAUUUUGUAUCACAUAAAUAUGUAAGUCAGUCACAUCUAUAAGUACUAAACUGACUAUAUCGAUUCAGUCUUCGUGGUUUUACUCGCAUAUUACUGUCCCGUGGGUAUUUCAAUAAGUAUUUAAUAAACUAGAAUAGAUGACGUCUAUAAUUAAUUGAUUAACCAAUUAGCUUAAUGGUGGCAUGACUUGUUUGAAGCCCCGUUGUGUUGACUGUCAAAUAUAGACUGUUAAUUAAACAGAGCAGACGAUUAAAUACAUACUGUCGUACAUUUGGUCUGUGUUUAAGCAAUAGUUUGGUGAUUAAAUUUAAAUAAUUAGUAUCAGUGUUUCUCUGAUAGCACUAAUCUUUAAUCUUCGCUUACGCCCCGGGGAAUAACCGCGGAUAAAAAGGCAUUUUGUUAAAAUCCUAGGUGUCAACUACCUUCACAAUUGCGCCGAAAUCUGUCUCGCCGUUUAUGAGUGAAAAGGUGCACAGCAGUUACGGCGAAGAGCUCGGCUUCAACUCGGACGAGGAGGGCUACGGCCGCGACGCCAUCGACGACGUGCCGCCACUGCCGCCCGACACAGACCCCGAGCUGGCGGAGUCCUCGCUGGAGGCGCACGGCGGCGCGGAGGGGCGCGACGAGCGGCCCGCGCGGGGACACGCGCGCGAGGCCUCGCCGCCACUCGUGACGAACGGUGAUGCAGAGUACCGCGAGGAGGAGGCGGGCGACACGCUGCCCACAGACAUGUCCGACACCAGCGACAGCGAGCCCGACAAGCCGCACAAUGGCGGUGACGUGGAGAAGUGCUCUGCAGCCCACGACGGCAAGGUUCUCCUCCGCCAGGAGUUCCCCUUCAACAUAGACCAGAUGUUCACCAUGAUCUUCACCAACUCCAAGUUUAACUUGGAACUCUUGGCCGCGAGAGGGACCACAGAUUACGUACAGGCGCCAUGGCAGGCGCAGGGCGGGCUGAAGUGUCGGCAGAUCAGCUACACGCUGGGGCUAACGUCCGGACCCAUCGGGCCCAAGGAAGUGCAGGUCACGGAAACACAGGUAAUGAACAAGUGCUCGAAGCCGGGCAUGCUGUACUCCAUCGACUCGACGAGCGAGAACGCGGGCAUCCCCUACGCGGACUACUUCAGCGUCGAGGUGCACUACUGUCUGCAGCGCGUGGCCGAGACCAAGGCCCAGCUCGCGCUCUACGGGAGCGUCAAGUACAAGAAGAGCAUGUGGCCCAUGAUCAAAGCAUUCCUAGAGAAGAACACGAUGUCGGGUCUGGAGGAGUUCAGCCGCCUGCUGGAGUCGCGGCUGACGGCCGAGGCCGACAGCGCAGUGCCCGCCGCCAGGAAGUCGCGCAGGCAUCGCCGCGUUAUACCGUCGUCAGCGGCGGAGGUGAGUCCGGCGGCCAGCGUGCUGCCGGCGGCGGCCCGCGCGCGGCCGCGCGCGCCGGGG